UGACGUCAUAGUCGUUCCCGUUUUUUGAAACCAAGCCCGGUGACCGGGCAUAUAGCUACUCCGAAAAUGAUAAGCAAUUGAAAAUUAGGUUAUAAAAUAAUCUAUAAAUAUUUAAAUAAAGAGAUUUUUGGUAUUUUUGUGUUAUGAUUUAUAGUUUAGUUUAUAUUGAGUAUACAUAUUUAGUUAGAUAGGUAUUUAUUUAGAGAAAAUCAAAUGCAUAAGCUUUGCUGUUUCAAAAUAUAAUACCCAAAGCCCAAGUAAAAGCGGGAAGUUCAGUACCAUAUUUAAAUAUGUAUGGAAAAGUAAUAGGAACGUCUAUUGCUGUGGACUCUUUUCAUGAAGUUACUAAAGAUGGAAUCUAUUUCCUGACAGAAGGCCAGCUUGAUGCUCCAUUACCAACCCAUGUGGAUCGUGUGUACACCUCGCCUUACAAUGCCAGGUUACUUCUGACAAAAUUUCAGGUGCAUCCAGACAAAAUUAUAAGUUUACCAAUCAAUGAAAAAUUAUUAAUUGAAGACAACAUUAAGAACCUCAACUUUAAUGUAACACUGAUAGACGCAAAGCAGAAACCAGGAGCAGUUAUGUUUCUAUUUGAGGGUGAUGAUAUUGGCAGUAUUUUGUACGCAGGAAAAUGCUGCUAUGGUGAAACUUGUUUACUUCGCCCUCUCCAAAGUUUCUUAAAAGUGAAGAAGUUGGACUUUCUCUAUGUCCAUCCAGCAUGUCCAGACUGUGAGUCUCACUCCUUGUCUGUAGCGUCUGCGGUUGAUGACAUUGUGAAUAUCAUCAGGUGGAACCCAAACUGCAAAAUCGUAAUAAAUGAUCCUUGCUUUAGAGAAGACAUCUUAUCAUAUUUAAAAGAUCGUAUUAGGUCACGAAUUUGUGUUUCCGAAAAUGUUAUGAAACACUUGGAGGAAGUGGGCCAAGGUGCAGAUUUUGAUUUGGACCAUAAUGCAGCUCAAAUCAUAGUGACUGACAAGCUCCAUCAUAAUAUGCAAGCAGCACUUCUUGGUCCAGGAUGUUACACGCUCUAUACAGAGCCUCGUAACUUGCGGGUCCGGACCAACACGUUCAAGGCCCGGACCAGCAUGAGGCGCGAUGACCAACAAGGCAUGCACGAUUUACGCUCCUGGACCAGCAAGUGCUGAGGUUCUAAACAUAUAUAUAUAUAUAUAAAGCCUUUUUAAAUGAGCCAUCCUUUAAAUGGGGAUUGUUUUUAGAGGCAUUUAAUAGUAUGUACUUCAAAUUUUAUUUCAGUUUUGUAUUUUUUUCUUAUGGAAAAACACCCUAUAUUUUAUUAUGUUUUGAUAUAAAAUGUAAUUUUAUGGUUAAGAAAGCUAUUCUUGGCCAUUUUUUAUAUUUCCUUUAAUAAUGGAGAUUUGAUAACUCAGUAUUGAGAUUCCUUGUAGAAUUUAACAUUGAGAAUACUCCAAAUAGGCACCUACUUGAAUAUUCUAAACUUUAAAUGUAACAUCUUAAAUUUGAGAAUUGUUUUCCAAAUUCAAUAUGGUGUUUAUUUAUAAAAAGAUAGACUGUGGGCCAUUACGUAUAUCGGCCAAACAAAUUGAAAUAAAAAUCUUUCUGUACACUAACCCCACAUUUUCGACUGCAAAGAACUCAGGGAAAUGAGACUUUCCAGUCUGUUAAGUGUUCCACAAUUAUACUUUUUGGAGGUAUGAGCUUGGUUUUGGAAUUUUAUAAAUGUAAACCUGUCAUGAUAUCUCUCAUUUAAAAGAUCUCAAACCCUGAUUAUUUCAGCAUAAAUAUUUUAAAUUACAGCUAGUCCUAUUUACAGGAUGCACAAAAUGUUUAAGCAAACUGUUUUUACACUUUAUUUUGUUGUAUAUCCUUCGUAUUGGCAAAACUUUGUUUACAAAAGUUUUAUUUACCUUUAAUUUAAUUUGAAAUACGGUACGGUUUGAUAUUUAAAAAUGUUGACUUAGAGAUUUCUUCUCAAUGUAAAAAAGUUGAAUUUGAAAAACAGGAAGAAAGUACAUUCAUUACUUCAUGGUGAUAUAAGGUUGGUUUGAGGUGGAUUUUGAUGGAUAAAUUUUCUUGUGAGCACUUAUAAUUCAAAUUAAUUAGAAUUUAGAAACGGAUAUCAUUAGCAUUCAAGAUAAAUUUUGUUCUCUAUAAUGUACGAAAGAGUUACUGUACACUAAAAUAAACAUUUUACAUAAAAUAUACAUUAUUGUAUCAAAUACUUGUGUGUUAUCAUCAUACUCAAGUAGAAUUAAGUUCAUCAUUGAACUAAGUUAAGUUGUAGAGUUAAGUUAAGAUCAUUAUUGUGUUUUCUAAGAAAUGUCUGUAAUAAAUGAUUCUUGAGCAUUUGUACUUUGGCUUGGUUUACUCCUGAUUGCUGUGUGGUAUUUUUUGUAGG